AUGUCUCACUUCAAGGGCAAGUACCAUGAUGAGCUUAUUGCCAAUGCUGCUUACAUUGGCACUCCUGGAAAGGGUAUUCUUGCUGCUGAUGAGUCAACGGGAACAAUUGGUAAGCGUUUGGCCAGCAUCAAUGUAGAGAACGUUGAAUCCAACAGGCGUGCUCUAAGGGAGCUGCUUUUCACUGCUCCUGGUGCUCUUCAAUACCUCAGUGGAGUCAUCCUCUUUGAGGAAACCCUCUACCAGAGCACAGCUUCAGGCAAGCCCUUUGUUGAGUUGUUGAAGGAGGCUGGUGUGCUUCCUGGUAUCAAGGUUGACAAGGGCACCGUUGAGCUUGCCGGGACUGAUGGGGAAACAACUACUCAGGGUCUAGAUGGCCUUGGUCAGCGUUGUGCCAAGUACUAUGAAGCGGGUGCACGAUUUGCCAAAUGGCGUGCCGUGCUGAAGAUUGGUCCCAACGAGCCAUCUGAGCUCUCUAUCCAUGAGAAUGCCUAUGGCUUGGCCAGAUAUGCUGUCAUAUGCCAGGAAAAUGGGCUGGUUCCCAUUGUUGAACCUGAGAUCCUAGUUGAUGGACCUCAUGACAUUCACAAGUGUGCCGCUGUGACAGAGCGUGUCCUUGCAGCAUGCUACAAGGCUUUGAAUGAUCACCAUGUUCUUCUUGAGGGAACUCUAUUGAAGCCAAACAUGGUGACCCCUGGAUCUAAGUCUGCAAAGGUUUCCCCUCAGGUGGUUGCUGAGCACACUGUUAGAGCCCUGCAGCGAACCGUGCCUGCUGCAGUUCCUGCUGUGGUUUUCUUGUCUGGUGGACAGAGUGAGGAGGAGGCAUCCGUCAACCUCAAUGCCAUUAACCAGGUCAAGGGGAAGAAGCCAUGGUCACUCUCUUUCUCUUUUGGAAGGGCACUUCAACAGAGCACCCUCAAGGCAUGGGGCGGAAAAGAGGAGAAUGUGAAGAAGGCACAAGAAGCCUUAUUGGUAAGAGCCAAGGCUAACUCAGAGGCAACUCUUGGAACCUACAAGGGUAAUUCACAGCUUGGUGAGGGUGCCUCAGAGAGCCUCCAUGUUGAGAACUACAAGUACUGA